AUGACCAAAACUGAUGAAGCUAGUGUUUUGAAGCAAUUAGAGAGCGUACGCUUUGGAGAGUGGAUUAUACAUCCAGCGAGUAGAUCACCUUAUCCUAUUUUGCAAACUACAAAUAUAAACAAACUCUACGUAUGCUCGAGAUGCUUUGAAUAUAUGACAUCCAGAACUACGUACAAGGAGCAUAUAACUGAUUGUCCACAUCCUAUACCACCUGGUAAGAAAGUCUACGAUGGACACGGUCAGCGUAUAUACAAAGUAGAUGGCUAUUUCUUUAAAUCAUUUUGUCAAAACCUCUCUCUCUUUGGAAAGUUAUUUAUUGACAAUAAAACUGUGUACUUUGAUUUGGAAUCAUUCGAUUACUUCGUUUUAACAGAUAAUGAUCAACCAGUGGGGUAUUUUUCUAAAGAAAAACAUAACGUAGAUCAAUACAAUUUGGCUUGCAUAGUCACUUUCCCACCUUUUCAAAAUAAAAGUUACGGUAGAUUGCUCAUAGAAUGCAGUUAUGCACUCUCCCAUUUGGAUGGCUACUAUGGUACACCUGAAAGACCAUUAUCUGAUCUAGGAAUGCGUAGCUAUGUGAGCUUCUGGAUGGAUAUACUAAGGCGAUCACUACCAGAUCAAAAAACUGAAUGGACGUUAUCACAAUGGUCGCAGAAAACUGGAUUGAAAGAAGAGGAUAUCACAUUAGCACUCAAACAAUCAAAAUUGCUCGAUCAUAGGGUGACCAUAAAAACUAUUGACGAGAAUCGCACUGUAUUUGUUAUAUCACCUGAUGAUGAUGCUCUUACAAAACCGCUGAAAUCUUUCAAGCUCGAUUUGGAUUGUUUGUUACCCGAUGAGUAG